UUAUUAAAGAUUCUAUCAAGGGAACUUCUAGAAGUUGGGGGCUCUUAUAGCUAAGCAUAAAAUGAUUAUUGGUGAAAUGUAGACUGCAAAGGCGACCACAACAAGAUUGCCGAGUUGCCGUCCGCGAUAGUUGUGUUUUGUACGUAGAGUUAGGAUACUUGUGAUACUGGCGCAAAAAAAGGAAGGUGAAGCAGAUAUUGAAAACACCUGUUUAAAAAAUAUUCCAAAGAACGUUGGCAUGAUCUAAGAAAGACAUCAUGUUUGAACACUGAGUAGUGCAAAGGACAGAAGACUGGUCACAAAGAUAACUGUUUCCAUUAUGGAUUAUUACGACCAUAUUCAACAUAUAGAAGACUUUCUAAAAGGCUUCGUGAACAGGUCCGAGAACCUGUCUGCCGUGGCCGCUUUCAAUCUACACAUGAAACUACCGACAAACGAGACAAACGUCACCGUCUUACAAAGGGACACAACAAGACAUGUCGUGGGUAGCAUCAUUUUAAUCACAGCAUACGCUAUUCUAAUCUGUAUUUCCUUAUUCGGGAACAGUAUAGUGUGUUACGUCAUAAUGCGGAAUAGGAGAAUGUACACCGUGACCAAUUUCUUCAUUGCAAACAUGGCGAUCUCAGAUUUGUUUGUUACGUGUCUGAACGUUCCCUUCACCAUUGCGAGAAAUGUGUUGGAUGAAUGGCCUUUUGGUGACUUCAUUUGCCAUCUGGUGAACUUUUCCUUGAUGAUAUCUGUAUAUGUAUCCACAUUUACGCUCACGGCGAUAGCACUCGAUCGCCAAUACGUACUUCUAUAUCCAUUGAAACCAAGGAUUACAAAACGCACGGGAAUUGUUAUUCUCGUUCUGAUCUGGGUAAUUUCCUUUUUCUUGUCUCUACCCUAUGGAAUUUACACCGAGGUUACCGAAGUCUCUUUCGUGUCUAGAUUUGUAAAAAGAUGCAGAGCAGUGUUUCCAGAACCCAAAGCAGAAUUUGAAAUGACUUUAACACUAACGACCACGAUUAUUCAAUAUUUCAUUCCUCUGACCAUUAUUGGUUUCUCUUACGGACGAAUAGUGAGAAAAUUGUGGCGGAGAACACAUUUGGGAGCAGUAACGCAUUCUCAGCAACGAUCCCAGAACCGGGCCAAGCGUAAAAGCAUAAAACUAUUAAUAACCGUAGUGGUCAUAUUUGCGCUGUGUUGGAUGCCACUAAAUUUAUACCAUAUUCUGACGGAUUUUCAUCCCGACGCCACGGUCUUUCGAUACGACAGUACGGUGUUUUUCGUUUUCCACUGGAUCGCUAUCAGCAGUACUUGUUAUAACCCGUUCGUUUACUGCUGGAUGAACGAAUCAUUCCGUAAAGAGGUAAAUUCCUGUGUUGAUGUUUGCUUCAAGUCUUGCUACUCGUCGUCAUCUAGACGUCGCAGCAGACACGGCGGCUCUUUUAGCGGUUGUGACUUCUUGAAUCGUUGCAGGCGUAAAACCAUGUCUAAAAUUUUGCGCUCAAGCUCAACUUUCAGUACCAUUCCAUAUUCUAACAAAUCAUAUCGGCAACGGGAGUCUACAGACAAAUCCAAGGAUGACAUUCCGUUGUACGAAACAAGCCAGACAAUUGUUUACGAUUUUUCAAACGUCUCGGCCGAUUAAUAAAUGUUUGACUUUAUCAUGCAGAUUAUUGACUAUAAUUUCAGACGCUCUAGUUCCAGCCAUUUAUCUGUCUAUCUUUUAAAAAGAUAUUUUUAUACUAUAUUUCUAGUAUUCCACAAUAUGAUCGUCAUUCACAAGUCUAGCUGAAAUCCAAGUGAAUGUUCUGUUCACUUGUUUUCACUACUUUUGUCUGGUUUGAAAUCUGUAUUUUUUUUCAAAUUUUUUUGAUGUUUUACAUGUUUGUGUGCCGUGCAUAUUUUUCCCUUUUUCUAACAUCUGGAUUUUCUUCUUCAAAGUGCCGAGGGGAAGUUCCACGGGAAGAGUCGUCCAAUUUCAUGAGAGCCAGGCGAUUUUCCAGAUUUCAGAGGGCAUCUUUGAUACAGGGAGAAAAUAUUAGUCCAUCCAUUCUAGAUUUUCAAAAACUUCCUUUAAAA